GGCCGGGACAGCACCGCCCGCCCUUUGGCCACGGUGGGGACGGCAGCGGGUGAGCGGGGCGGGGGAGAGGGAGUGGGAGGCGGCUGUCCCCGCGGGACCGGCUGUCCAGUGCGCCCCGUCCCGGCAGGAACCGCAGGGAGAAAAGGACGGAGCCCGACGAGGAGCCAUCGGCUGCGGGGUCUGUGUCGGGAGGGGUCGGUGGCGGAGGUGUGAUUGAUCCUCAGCAUAAAAAGGAUGGAAUCCUCAACAUAAGGAUAUGGAGCUGUUGGAACGGGUCCAGAGGAGGGCUACUAAGAUGAUCAGAGGGCUGGACCCCCUUCCUUAGGAGGACAGGCUGAGAGAGUUGGGGUUGUUCAGCCUGGAGAAGAGAAGGCUCCGAGGAGACCUUAUGGCGACCUUCCAGUACCUGAAAGGUCUACAGGAAGCUGGAGAGGGACUGUUUAUAAAGGCUGGUAGUGAUAGGACUGGAGGCAAUGGGUAUAAACUGGAGAGGGGCAGAUUUAGACCUGACAUAAGGAAGAAUUUCUUCACCAUGAGAGUGGUAAGGCACUGGCACAGGUCACGCAGGGAAGCUGUGGAUGCCCCAUCCUUGGAGAUGUUCAAGGCCAGGUUGGAUGGGGCCUUGGGCAGCCUGAUCCAGUGGGAGGUGCCCCUGCCCAUGGCAGGGGGGUUGGAACUAGAUGAUCUUUAAGAUCCCUUCCAACCCAAACUGUUCUGUGAUUCUAUGAUUCUAUGUGUUUGUGCUUGAGAUGGGCUUGGUAAGCUUCCAGCUGCUAAAAAGAAGUUCAGCUUUUCCUGUCACGUACUGAAAACUCUUGCUGGCUUCCAGCCAUGUGUUGCUAUCAUGGGUGCUAGAGUUCAAUAGUUGGCGUGCUUUGAUAGUUGAUCACUUUCAAUAGUUGGUGUGUCGAGUGUAUGGCAAUAUAAAGUAAAUAUUUAGGUGUUCAUAGAAUGCCCAGCAUUACUUCUUCCUUUUCCAGUUCUCUGAUCUCAAAAGUGUUGUGUAAUAAUGCAGGUUGGUUUUUUUUUUUAAAUUAGUCUAAAUGUUGCUAUUUAAACUGGCAGUGUAUGUGUAUGAGGGAAAAGAAUUUUACAUUAACAUGGAUUUGAAGAGUUAAACAAACAAAAUCUUUUAAAGUUAAAGGAACAUAGCGGAAGAGAAGAUAAUAAUGCCGUUGUAAUGAGUGAAAGAUUAGUAAUGGUAAUGUGAGCUUUUUGGUAGGUGGGUCAUAUUUUCCCCAGUGACUUGUAACAAUUUAUUUAGUGCUCAGUUAAACAAAAUCCGAGAGCCUGUAGAAUUCCUCUAAAGCAAUUAAAAUUUUGCAGCCCUGCUGCCAUGACCUUUUAAGGCAGCUUUGUCGAGGUGGUGUCCAGGCAGCGCAUCCUGUUGUAAUGUUAUGUGUUAGUCUGUUAAUACCCACUUGAGUGUUUCCUGUAGCCAUGUGUUAAGGGUGAGAUUGUGGUUUGGACAGGGCUUUGCCUGAAAUGCAUGCUCAUGCUGAGUUGGCUCAAUUUUCCAUGUUAAAAAGACAGUUUUUUCCAAGUGGAUUUGGGAACUGAAAAUCAGGCCCUGUUACAAGAUGAUUUGCUUGUUGGAUAAAUCUUGAGAGUCGGAAGGUAGAACUAUGUCACUCUUACCGAUUUUAACUCAGAAAAAAAAAGGGAGAGGAAUCUUUGCUCUUAGAAAGAGUUAAGAUGCAUCCAGAUGUCAAUUUUUUAACUAGGCUUACUAAUCAGAUAUGUGGAGAAAUCCUGGUUUCUUGAACAGUACAGUAUAUCACACUGUCCACUGAGCCCUUUUCAGACAGUGCUCAGCUCCAUAAGCUUUCUCCAUAGCUUUUGUUCAAGCCUAUACUAUUAGCAUCUCUGGAAGCUGCACUGCAGUGCUUUGCAUUGUCUGUGGGGCCCGCAUUCUUGUGCUUACCCUGAUGCCAAUUUUUGCUUAAGGACUUUCACGUCUAAAGGUUUCAUUGUGUUGGUGCAGCUUUGCACAACAUAAGUGCCAAAAUACCUUUCAGGUGCCUGCAGUUAUUGUCCAUGAAUGCUUUGUAGCCAGUGUUUUGUGCAACUAGUGUUGCCAUCUACUAAGUUGCAUGUGGCUAAACUGUUCCUCGUAAGGCAUUGGUGCCCACUGGCAAACAUUGCUGUGUUUCAAAGCAAAGAGAUGCCCAGGGUAUAUUUGGUGAUGUAGCGGUUCCUUGGUCACUAUGAAUUGAGACGAAUGUUGGCCUUCUUAGGAGACACUUGCAUAGUUUGUCUCUGGUCAGUUCCACUGCCGUUAGCAGGUGUGCAGUAGCCACUGUCCAUUCAGGCAUGUGUGUGUAGACCUGCUGUAACCAUCUGGAUGUCUGCAAUAUCUUGUCAGGAUAAGUGGAAAGCUGUGGUGUGGUUAAAAACACAAAUCUACCACAUAUCCCAGAGAGGAAUUUAAAGGAAGGUGUUCCAUUUUUAUUGAGGGCAUUGACAGCUGGACUAAACCUAUGACAUUACCAGGAUGCUAUGAUUCCGUGGAAGGCUAAGCUCAUUCUUUAAAACAAACAACCCAUCUUGUCCUGACCUUUCUGCAUAUUUCAUAUUUUGAGACUAGCUUGUUGUAUUUAUGUUUGGAAUGUUCCAAGGCUGUAGUUUCUGUUCACUUCCCCUCAAAUGUGAAGGUGUGGAAGCUCUUUGUGUGCAAGACUGAAAUCUCAGAUUAUCCUGUAGCCUUGUUUCUCCAACGAUUUACAAAGUGCAGUGACAUUCCUGAUGAACUUGGAACAGGCCAUGAUGGCACAGGUCCCCUAAUAACUUUCUAAAAAUUUAUUUUACUUUUUAGACCACAAUGAACGUGGAACAUGAAAUAAGCCUCUUAGUUGAGGAGAUUCGGCGGUUGGGAACCAAGAAUGCUGAUGGACAAGUGAGCGUGAAAUUUGGUGUGCUCUUUGCUGAUGAAAAGUGUGCCAACCUCUUUGAAGCCCUCGUGGGAACUCUUAAGGCUGCAAAACGCCGGAAGAUUGUAACUUAUCAAGGGGAGCUACUUUUACAAGGCGUUCAUGACAACGUUGAUAUCGUGCUGCUGCAGGACUGAUGCAGUGUUUCAGCUAUGCAUUAGUGGAAUUGUUUGAGACAGUGACUCGAAUCCUCUGAGUAAGACUGAUCAUUCCAAGGUGUUUUGAUGUAUUUUCUAUGUCUUUACAGUCAAAAGGAAACUGUGCUAUUUUGGAAACAUUCCUUUUUGUAAUUCUUCCUAAAAUGGUACUGUAUGCGAGUAAAGUAAAGGAUGCCAGAUCUAUCUCUUUUAUAAAAACAAAAAUUUCUCAGGUAAUACUUUCAAAUGUCUGGAUGUUAUUUUCAACAUAUGAAGAAGGCGACUGGUAGUUUAAUGUUUACAAAUCAAAAUGUGCCAUGAAAGUAUAAAAUAAAAGCACAUACUUAUGUAGUUCUUAUUGCUUUUGUUUCUCUUUCUACUUGCAUUCUGAUAUGAAAACAAACAGAAUUCUUGUAAGGAACAUAGUUAAAUAACUAUACAGUGAGACACAAUUUUGUAGCAUGAUUCAGUUGAAGAGUGGUGGUCCUUCAAAGUGACCACAAAAAGCUAUGAAUGAUAGCUGUACCUGAUUCAUGUCUGGCAGUGCAAUAUGCUUUCAUUUUUUGUCCUCUAGACUUUUGAAGGAAGUGGGUGAGGAGCUCCCCAAGUGCUUUCAUGUAGUGUUAACCAGAAGAUAGUACAGCAGCUUCAGUUUGUGAUUAUUUUCCUUGCAGAAAUCAUAGUUUCUCUAAAUCACUCCACAUGGAAAGUGAGAGUGAAGAAAAAAAAAGCUCUUUGGAUUGUUUCCUAGCUUAAUGCUACUUCUUAGAAGGUAAAAAUGCUUCCUCCAGUAUGGAGAAAGGAUUGCUGUAUGAGGAAAGCAGCAGUGGGUGAGCAAACUGCUUACUGCUCUGUACUUCCAGUUUGCAGCUGCAGCUCUUAAAGUUGCAGGAUGUGUGAAUUUCCCUUUACUUAGCAGCCUUUUACAAGAGCAAAAUGCCUGAAAAGUGUCUCCUUAUUUCCAGAUACAGGAAAUGCACACAUGGUUAUGGAAUCUCUACAAAGCUCUGUAAUUCCAGCUGCUGCCCCUUUCAUCUUUGUUUGCUCUACUUGGCGCAACAGGAAGACAACUUGAAUCCUGUGUGCAAACAGAUCUGGGCUGCCUCUGCCUGUGCUGGCCCCAGAAUCUGGAGAGCAGGGAAGUGAUAUGCAGAGAAACUUGAGCUGUCUGGGUCCAAGCCAGCUGGAGCAGAGAAGCAGAGGAGUUCUGCACAGCUUACUGGCUCCAGUGCUGUGUUACUCCAAUGCAACUAUUCUGCUUCCAGAUCUGAGCUGACAAGUGCCUCCACCCCUGUGCUCCACAGGUGUGAAGAAGGGGGACCAAGACCCAGGCCCUCUGCAUUAGGGGUAAGAUCAGACAGCUCUGCCUUACCAGACAACUGCAAUUGUUUUUUCCUCUUCCUCUGUUUUGUCAAAAGCCUGAGUCAUUGCCUGGCUUCAUUGGAUAGCCCAAGUGUGCUGACAGAUACCGAGUGCUUUGUGGUUGAGUUGCCAGUUCUGGUAUAGGAGGGCAUCGGCCUGCCUCAGCCAGGAUAUAGUUUUCUCUGUGUGUUUGCAAGAGCUUUUUAAGUGCUGAAAGGGCCUCUUGAAAAUUUAGGUGCCAGUAAGUUUAAGACUCAGUGCGUGUUGGAGCUGAGAUGUAACUAUGAAGAGACCUUUAUGUGUCUCUUAUUUUGUAUUUACCCUCUUAACAAUGCUAAUACAUGAUUCAGGGCUUCUGGGAACACUGCGUAGCAAGAGACAGAGAAACUUGGCACUAAAACAAAUCUGUAACAACUGGAGGGAAGUGUGACUGUGUAGUGACUGGGGGAGUUGAGAUUAGUUUUCCCUCUGUUUCUGAAAGCAGAAGAGGAAUAACGUGAACAAGGAUGUAUAUCCAAGAACGUGCCCUCACUGCAAUGCUUAAUGUGUCUACUGGCCCCCGAAUUGUGUAGGCUUCUUUAUGUUAUAUAUAAGCACUGAUGACUUUGUGUCUAUAUUUUCUUUUUUGCAGAGAAAAAUUAAAUGCUAACAUUGUUCCACAGGUGUAGGAUCACACCUCUCUUAAGAAUGGAGCACUUGACACAAUAGUAGAAGAGCAAACUGUGGGAAAGGUGUUACCUGGUUUUGUAAGCAGUAGGACAACCAGCAGUCCCCCAUGAUGGCUUCAUCAUGCCAGUCAUGAGUGUGAAGUAAGUUUGUAAGUCAACCAGGAAAACGAAUGAUUCCAAAACAGCAAGUCAUUCUCCUGACAGCUGGGAAGUAGGAAGAUUACAGACAUCUUUGACAACAGCAUGAAAUAGUGGUCAGUAGAGCAGUUACCUGCCUAUAACAAUGCUGAGAUAUCAGUAAAAGAGGAGCUUAGCUAAUUCAGUCUCCAUCUGUAUGCUUUGAGAGCAUGGUAAAACCUCAAAGGGAGGUUAGAUGAGCCGCAGGCAAAUCUAGUUGGUACAAUUUAGGAUGUUAACCCUGUAGGUCUUCUGCAGGGACUGUUAGAGUAACUGGUGGAGUGUAUGUGCUCACCUCAGCUGUUUCCAUGCAAAAUCUGAUGACUGUAGAUCACCAUGCUUUUCAAAGCAGUUUUGUCUAAGCUGUGAAGAUGCUGAGGUGCAGAUUUGCAUAACCUCUGGCAAGAGGUGGUAACAUCUAAACUUUGCAGCUAUUUCUCUUGUGAGCAUAGGGUUUUGCUGGCAACUCGAGUGAAGGAAGGGUUGAAAAGUAUGUGAUGUUACCUUUUACAUGCCCCUCUCAUGUUGGAAUGAAUUUUGAAAAUGCAUGUUGUGUUUUGUUUGUCUCUCAUCUCCCCUCCAAAGCUUUGUGGAACUGUUCUUUCCGGUUCAAGGGAUUUCUCUCUGUGACAGCAAUGUCACUUCUGCCAUUCAUAUCUGUGUAAAGUUGAUUAUCUUUACUUAGUUUCUUUGUCACAGAAAACCCUUGAAGGGACAAGAGUAGGAGGAGCAGGAAGUUCUUAGAUCCUGAAAACUUACAGUGGAUUACAUUGCCACCAGUACUUGGCAGUUUUAUUUUAAAGUAGUUGGAUGUUUAAGAAAUAGGCUGUGAUUCUCUUCUACUUCAGCAGCACAAAGUGAUUAUUAAGCAUGUUCACAAAGUUGCAGAGCCUUUGUUAAGAUCAUACAGCCUGAACCAAUGAAUGCCACAUGAUUGGCCUUAUGGCUCCAUAUCAAAACACUAACCAUUAAUGAUAUAUUUGUAUCACCUUCACCUAUUACGAAAGAACAGUCAUAAAGGUUUGGUCUACACCCUGCAGAAUAAUUCAUGUUCGGAAUUGCCUGAAAAUCCUCUGUCUGAUAAUUGUGUCAUUGUUGCAAGGACUUAAAAGAAGCAUGAAAACCCAACUUGCAUUUCUCUUGGAAGCUGACACAGUCAAUAAUUUUGCAAAACUUAUGUUCUUGUUCAUGUCCUUUUCAGGUAAAUAUGGAAUAUUUAAUCUGUAAUGGAUUUCUUUUUCUGAUGUGUAAGAAUGUGAUUCAUUCCAAAGCCAGCCAUGAAGAGCCAUGAAUUGCUUAACAAAGCAGUUUGAAGGAAAAUGAACCCCCAGUCCA